AUGAAAACUAUUUGCACACACGUAAAAAAAUCAUUCGAAGGAGAUCAGAGAGAAGUCAAAGGAACUCUCCAAAGGCAAUACGGAGAAAAUGCACGUCCUCAUGUAUAUCAGCGAGUCCCAAAAGAGCCCUUGGCACCGCAAAAUACCCAAGAGGGAGAGGUUCGCGCAUAUGGUUACAUCGCUUCUUUCCGUCGGUGGCUUUACGUCGGUGAUCUUAAAUUG